CACAGCACGUGCCGAUUUAAGAGAACAUAACAAUCGACUUCGAUGAUCACAGGACCAAACGAAACAAGCACAGACAGAGCAUCCUUCUAGACACAGCAGAACUCCUUCCCUUGAAUCUUGCUCAGCUACUAGCGUGAUGUCGAGUUUGCCGUGGUCUGUACCGGUGCUCUGUGUUAGCGUUAUCUGUGUUCUCUCUUCGUCGGCAUUCGACCUUGCGAAGCCUAGCGCUGGCCAGGCCAAGUGGCUGGAUCAUGAAGUCGGAGCGGUAAUUCACUUCAACAUGCAGACGUUCAACAAGUCAAUGAGCCAAGGGGACGUUGCGCCUCCGGAUACCUUCAACCCGAGUGAGCUAUCCGUCGACCAAUGGGUGGGUGCGGCUGUUAGCUUUGGCGCCAAAUGGGUGACCUUGACCUUGAGUCAUUUCAGCGGGUUUCUUCUUUGGCCGAGUGAGUCGUACAAAUACACAGUCAGGAACACCAAAUGGCGUGGAGGAAAUGGCGACCUUGCGUGGGAUCUUAUCCAAUCUUGCAAAAAACAUAACAUAGAGCACGGCUUCUAUCUAAGCGUACACAACAACUGGUUCAUGGACGUGAACAACUACCGAGUCAGAAACGAUUCCGAGAAAAGCGCAUUCUUCAAUGCAUCCCUCGCCCAAUUCCAAGAAAUAUUCGGCCCCGAAAGCAAAUAUAAAGACCCGUUUUAUUUAUGGAUGGAUGCGGGAAUCGUGAAGGGUGUGAGCCCUGACGUUGGAAGUCUAUUCGACAAGCUAGCACCAAAUACGGUAUGCGACGAGUGCCCAACCUUCGCGCGGUACAAUGGGUUGCGUUGGGUUGGUAACGAGCAGGCUGUGGCGCCGCUGCCCAACUGGUACGCAGUAAAAGAAGGGAAGUGUGGAACCAACACGCACGGUGCGGAAAAGGAUAUGGGUACACCUACGGGCGAACAGUUCUGCCCAAGUAGUUGUGACACGGUGGUACGUGAACACUACUGGUUCUGGUGGAAUAAUACCGAGAACACAGUGAAGACGCCACAAAGACUGCUCCAACAGUACCUGACAAGUGUAGGACGGGGUUGCACCCUCAUCUUGGAUAUGAACCCGGACCCACGGGGUCUCAUUCCAGACCCGGACCUCAAGGCGUACCAAGGAUUUGGCGAGGGGGUAAAGCUGCUAUAUAAACACCCAGUGUUUAUCGAGAAAGGACCAAAACUUUCCAUUUUGGUGGCCAAGACCUGGGAGAUCAGCAUAAAGGCUGCCAACGGUUCAGUAGUGUUGAUGGAAGACAUCGUGGCAUACGGGCAACGAGUUGAGGAAUAUCGGCUAUACUUUAUUACCGCUGACGGGCCAAUCGGAGAGCUCGGGAGCACUAUUGGCCAUAAAAGGAUUCACCCAUUUCCGGCGGAAGUUGCUGGGAAGGAAGUGCACGGGAUCGAGUUGGUUCUUACGAAACUUGUGAUUGGCGGAUCAUUGCAGUUACGUCAGGUAGCCGUGUAUGACUGGAGCGAGGCCGUAAAGCGUGGUUACCUGGACAGCCGUGACAAUCACGUGGACAGCAAUGGUAAACACGUGAACAGCAGUGGCAAAAACGUGGACACUGGAGACAAGCACAUGGACAAUAACGACAGUCACGUUGAAAGUGAUGCUAAUCACGUGACGAGCGAUGAAAAACACGCGGGCAGUAAUGACAUGUGAGAGACACGAGCAGUGAUGACGCGCAUGCCUGAGGAACCAGGUCUCACUAAGGUUCAGGGAUAAUAAGUAAACACGAGGUUCCUCUUUAAAAGGGAAAGCUCCUCCCACCCCGGGUUAAAAAACAAUCAGUUAUCAAUCAGCCGUCAAUGAGUCAACAUGUCAGGACAAUUGCUUUUGCUAAAUUCAAAUUUCAUAUUCUAAACCAAAAUAAAUAUCAUCCCUAGACUCGUCCACCUAAAAUGUUGGAGGAACAUUCCCUUUUUUAGCGGAACCUCGUGUGUAAUGGAGUGUGGCGAUGUUUCGCAUCUUUUUUCAUUGUCAUUUGUACCAAUGGUAAUUAAAUGCACCACAAACUUA